UCUAGCUGUUUCCGGUGGGAUUAGACGUAACAUUGUGUGCGUCCAGAAAAUUGGUCCGUGAGUUUUGUUUACAAAAAUGGAAGAAAUAGAUGGUUAUAAUUUAGACUUUUUACCCGAGAACAUUUUAAUCGAUGUCUUGUCGUUUUUGAACGUACGUGAGCUCGUCAGAGCUGGAAGGGUGUGUAAGAGGUGGAAACGACUUGUUAAAGACCAGAAACUUUGGAGAUUUGUAGAUCUAACAACAUGGAAAAGAGUGUCAUCACGUACACUGUGGGUCCUGCUGCGUCAGUACUUGGGUUGUGGACUAAGGUCUCUCCGGUUACGUGGUUUGCUGCUGUCUGCCCGGGGUGGCACCUUUCUCUCAGAGUCUUGGCUACAGGCUUUGUCCACAAAGUGCCCUCGACUGAGAAAACUUUAUCUCCUGCACACCGACCUGAGAGGCCUUACCGGUUGCCAUCUCCUACCUCCAUCUCUGCAAAUGCUGGAACUUUCUAGUUGUGAAUUGCCCCUUGGCUUUUUCAACCAGAUAUUGCCAUCUUCAACUGUUCAAGAAAGAGCAGAGCCCUCAUCUAGUGAAGGGGCUCGAUUGCAAGAGCUGUGUCAGAAAGAAAGAAAGCUUUGCUCUCCAUCAGGGACAAAAAUUGAGACCUUGGUUCUCAACAACGUGCCAUCCUUCACUGAUCAUCAUCUUCAGAGUCUGAAUUCCUGGGAGAGACUGAGUCGACUGGAACUGCGGGACACCUUUCGUGUGACAGCCAAUGGACUGAGGAGCUGUGCUGCUAAAGAUGGUGCCUGUGGGGUGGAAGGGCUUUCCAGGCUCAAGUUUCUGGAAAUAGGCAUCAAUGGAAGGCAGGGCUACCAGUUACAGAUGGCCUCCCUAGGUCUUGGAGCAGGAUGGCUUGGACUGGAGGAGUUGAGUCUGGGUGGUAGAGAAGUGGGGCCAGGUCUACUUUGUGCAAGCCGUCUGAAGGACCUGAAACGUCUGUGCCUCUGGGCCUGCACACUCAGCGAGAUGCAGAUAGUCCGAAGCUGCCGUCUCCUGCGUGGACUUCGACAACUAGAGUUUGUGGAUGUGGUGUUCCAGUCCCGACAGUCCUCGUCUGUGCUGGAUGGAGACGGCAGUGGUGAAGAAGAGCCGCAUGGUGAAGACUCUGCUGCAGCUGGGGAUUCCAACCAUGAAGAAAAUGAGACACUGGAUGCUUUUUCAAGUCUGCGUCGUUCACUGGCUCUCCAGCUGCCGUUUUGCACCUAUGUUUUUACAAACUGCUCUGUUCAGAUUAAUGCAGACUAGAUACAACCUCUUUUACUGCUAAGUUAAGUACAAGAGCCCAAACUUAAAACAGAUAUUAUUUUUUAAAUCAUGGUUUUUAUGUUAUUAAUGGUUUCAACAGUGACAAAAUAAUGCCAUAAACUCUUUUGCAAUUGCAAUUGCAAUUUUAUCA